AUGGCGGCCCACUGUGAAAAAAAUGGAGAUGUCAAGAAGAGAAGGUCAAAUCAGGCAGAUAUCCCCGAUAAUCUUCGUCAAGAAGCAGAAACAUGCUAUCGGCUUAGACUGCCUGAAGACUUCUAUCAGUUUUGGAAGUUUUGUGAGGAACUAGAUCCUGAGAAACCAAGUGAUGCACUUGUGUCAAGUGUUGGACUUACGCUGGUUGGACCAUAUGAUAUUCUUGCUGGAAAACACAAAAAAGCAAAAUCAACAGAUCUGGACUUCAAUCUUCAUUGGAGAUUCUUCUAUGAUCCCCCAGAAUUCCAGACUAUACUUGUCGGGGAUAGCAAAACACAGUAUCACAUGGGAUAUUUCAGGGAUGUGCCAGAUGAGCUUCCAGUGUGGGUUGGUGCAAAUGAAGCUAAGAAGGGCUGUGUGAUUUCACAAGUUGGUGAUAACGUCUUUGCCGCAGUCAAAUUAUUUUUGUCAAAAAAACUUAAGGAAGUGACCGAUAAAAAGAAAAACACUAUUUUGAAAGACAUAGAUGAAAAACUAACGAAAACAGCAAAAGAACUGGGUUAUUCUCUGGAACAAAAAACUGUGAAGAUGAAACAGAGAGAUAAGAAAGUGGUGACCAAAGCAUUUCAUGGAGCAGGCCUAGUUGUUCCGGUAGACAAAAAUGAUGUCGGAUACAGAGAACUUCCCGAAACAAAUGCUAAUCUUAAAAAAAUUUGUAAGGCCAUUGUUGAUGCUCCUACUGAUGAUGAGCGAUUGAAGGCCUUUGCACCCAUUCAAGAAAUGCUCACCUUUGUUCAGUUUGCUAAUGAUGAAUGUGACUAUGGAAUGGGAUAUGAGCUGGGUAUGGACCUGUUUUGCUAUGGAUCACAUUACUUCCACAAGACGGUGGGCCAGCUGCUGCCUCUGGCUUACGCCCUGCUGAAGAGGAACCGCUUCGCCGAGAUCAUCGAGUCGCACUUGGCCAACCGGCGGGAGGAGAAGGUGGACCAGCUGGCGCCCUGAGCCGGGCAGCGGGGCCCCCAAGGUGGGCGGCAGCAGGGCGGGCGUCCCUGCGUUCCCGGGCGCGGGGUUUUCUUCCUGUUCGUGUGUCUCUGUCUGUGUGUCUGU